AUGGAAGCCACUAAUUUUAUUGUCAAUGUUACAAUAUUAUUUCUGUUCUUUCAAACAUAUGGUGCAAGCAGCAGCAACACCAUGACUAAAGCUUCCUCAAACGUUACAUGUAUCCAAAGAGAGCGGCAAACACUGCUUUUAUUCAGACAAGGCUUCACGCACCAAUCGAAUCGGCUGUCAAGAUGGACCGGGUUAGAAUGUUGCGAGUGGGAGGGAGUUGCGUGUGACAAUAGAACUGGUCAUGUCAUCUCACUUGAUCUCUUUGGCUAUGACAUCAACUUGACCAUCCCCGUUUGGUUAUCAAACCUUAUGUCUGGUCCUAUUCCUGAUUCAAUUGGAAACUUGAGCUCUCUUUCUUCCAUGUUCCUUUCAAUGAAUCAAUUGUCUGGUCCAAUACCUCCCUCACUUGGUGCUCUAUCAUCUCUAACAGACCUCUUUCUUUCCUUUAAUCAAUUGAGUGGGAGCAUACCUGAAAGCAUUGGACUACUCACCAGCCUACAAGAACUCUAUCUUAACAAUAACAAAUUGUCUGGUCCUAUUCCUGAUUCAAUUGGAAACUUGAGCUCUCUUUCUUCCAUGUUCCUUUCAUUGAAUCAAUUGUCUGGUCGGAUACCUCCCUCACUUGGUGCUCUAUCAUCUCUAACAGACCUCUUUCUUUUUGGUAAUGAAUUGAGUGGGGACAUCCCCACUAGUCUUGGUCAGCUUUCAAACCUCCAAUACCUUUAUCUUGAUAAUAAUAAAUUGAGAGGGGUUGUUUCUGAAAUUCACUUCACCAAACUCUACAAUCUAACCGACUUGUACUUAUCUGGUAAUACAUUGAUAACGUGGAACGUCGGCCCUCAUUGGAUUCCUCCCUUCCAAUUAGAGUCUUUGGUUUUAAGCUCCUGCUGCAACAUGGGACCCCAAUUCCCAAACUGGCUUCAAACACAAACACAUCAUCUUGAAGAUUUAUCUCUUAGAAAUUCGAGUAUAAGAGAAAGCAUACCAGAGUGGUUUCACAACAUCUCCUCUCAUCUUCAGAUCUUGGAUCUGUCCGACAACCAGAUCGGACCCGAAUUCCCAAAUAUUCAAACAUCAACUGAUCUUCGAGAUUUAUCUCUUUCAAAUUCGAGUAUAAGAGACAGCAUACCAGGGUGGUUUCAAAACAUCUCCUUUCAUCUUCGAAGCUUGGAUCUGUCCGACAACGAGAUCCAUGGAAAUCUGUCACGAAUAAUAGCGAAUAACAACACAGGUAUACAAGAUUUUAAUACUCUUUAUUUUUAUUUCUGCUGCUUGUGUUGGUGGUCAGAUUGGAUAAGAUGUCUUCAAGUUGUUGUUUUGAAGAAUAACAAUUUCACUGGAAGCGUUUCAACAAACUUAUGCGAGUUACAUAGAAUACAUUUGCUGGAUUUAUCACAUAAUAACUUAUAUGGAAUUCUUCCUGAGUGCUUAGGGAGUUUGAUUAAUUUGCAAGUGAUUGACCUUACAAGUAACAAUAUAACGGGUGAUAUUCCACAUUCAUUGGGUUCUCUAUCACUACUUGGAUCAUUGCACUUACGUAACAACAAAUUAGAGGUUAAUCUCCCGGUGUCUUUACAAAACUUGAAAAACUUAGUAACAAUGGAUUUGGGGAACAAUUUGCUGACUGGUAAUAUCCCUUUUUGGAUUGGAAAGCUAUCAAAGCUUAAAAUCUUGAACCUCCAAUCAAACCUGUUCAUGGGUAUGAUUCCACCGGAACUAUGUCAAAUCAAAACUCUUCAACAUUUAAAUCUGGCAGAUAAUAAGAUAACCGGAAACAUCCCUCAUUGUUUUAGUAAUUUAAUUGGUAUGAUCAAGAGUGACGUGGAGUUAACCGACAAAAGUUAUGUGUAUGAAGAAAGCAUUGAAGCUUGCAUAAAGGGUAUUCAGCAAAAGUACACGAGCACACUUCCAUAUCUUAUAUCCUUAGACCUCUCAAGCAAUAAAAUUAUUGGUGAAAUUCCUGAUGUGUUGAUGGACCUGGUAGCAUUGACGAAUUUGAAUCUUUCAAGAAACGAACUAAGUGGACACAUUCCCACAAUGAUCGGAAAUCUAAAGUCAAUGGAAUCUUUAGAUUUGUCGAUGAACAAGUUGUCUAGUCAGAUUCCUCAAAGUUUAGCUAGUGUGAACACUCUAGGCUAUUUGAACCUAUCAUUCAAUAAAUUAUCCGGUCCAUUACCGGUUGGAAAUCAUUUUCAGACUUUUGAUAAUCCCGCUAUAUAUGAAGGGAACAACGGACUAUGUGGAUUCCCACUAUUAAGUUGCCAAGGAAACAAUUUAUCAUACUCUCAUGUUGGUGAUGAUGAAGGUGAGAAUGGUUCACAAGCUUUCUCGUGGUUUUAUGCUGGUAUGGUUCCAGGAUUCAUUGUAGGUUCCAUGGGACUAAUUAUUAGCUUGCACUAUAAUAGGAAUUGGAGGGUAACUUACUUUGAAAUGAUAGAGAAUGUUUACGUUUUUCUAAUGGUUUCUAUCAAGUGA